CAGCGGCUGGUCACCGGCCCAGAUUGACAAAUUUCUUUCCUUUCUUCCUAGCUGUUCGCAGACAAGGUCCCGAAGACAGCAGAAAACUUCCGUGCCCUGAGCACUGGUGAGAAGGGAUUCGGCUACAAGGGGUCCUGCUUCCACAGAAUCAUUCCUGGGUUCAUGUGCCAGGGCGGUGACUUCACGCGCCACAAUGGCACUGGAGGCAAAUCCAUCUAUGGGGAGAAGUUCCCUGAUGAGAACUUCAUCCUGAAGCACACGGGCCCUGGCAUCCUGUCCAUGGCCAACGCYGGCCCCAACACGAACGGCUCCCAGUUUUUCAUCUGCACUGCCAAGACCGAGUGGUUGGAUGGCAAGCACGUCGUCUUCGGCCGYGUCAAGGAGGGCAUGAACGUAGUGGAGGCCAUGGAGCGCUGUGGCUCAAAAGAUGGCAAAACAAGCAAGAAGAUCACCAUCACUGACUGCGGGCAGCUGUCGUAAACCCUUCUCUCACCAACUGACCAUUCCUUCAGCAGCCUGGGCACCACAGCCCGCUGCAGCUCACCUGUUCCCGCCCCGUUCCUGAUGUACUGCUGCGUUUCUACUGGGUCACGGUCCCACUGGGCCGCAGUUCCCUUCGAGUCUAAAUAAAACGAGUUAAAUUACA